AAUGUGGAAGACACUAUCACGAGACUCAGGCUGUAUCUUUCUAAUCGCAAGGAUUGAAAAAGGAUUAAUUUUCUCACAGAGUGACUCAAUGUUACUUAACAAUGUUUCUGUGUUCCUUUGAAAAUCUUCUCUUACUACCCACAGAAUAUCGUUACCUCAUGUAGUUUUCAGAAUGAACUCAGAAACCUUUCAUCAAAGCAGAAGUCUUUAAAAGCAAAUGACAUCUACUCUCGUCUGAUCUGGCCAAAUUAAUAAACUUGGUUAUAUUUCCAGGUUAAAGAGGGAAUGAUGGACAAUGGAAGCUACUCUAAUCUGCCAGACAAACUGCCUGUCUUCUCUGAUUCUGCCAACUUACCACUGACCCGGUCCUUCUAUCUGGACCCUAUGGUCACUCUCCACCUGUACCCUGAGGCCCCAGUGCCAUCCCCUUAUUCUGAAGAGCUGCCAUUGCUGCCUUUUUCCAGUGGCUCCAUGAUCAUGGAAAAUUAUGGUGACCCCUGCACCUUCUCUUUCCCAAUGCCUUAUCCAAAUUACAGAAGGUGUGAAUACUCCUACGGGCCAGCCUUUAUCCGGAAAAGGAAUGAGCGAGAAAGGCAGCGGGUGAAGUGUGUCAACGAAGGCUAUGCCCGACUCCGCCAUCAUCUGCCAGAGGAGUAUUUGGAGAAACGACUCAGCAAAGUGGAAACCCUCAGGGCUGCAAUCAAGUACAUUAAUUACCUGCAGUCUCUUCUGUACCCUGAAGAGGCUAAGACCAAGAAUAAUCCUGGGAAAGGGCUCUCCAUAACAGCAACCACCAGCUGCCACACUGACCCCAUUUUUAGAAUCGUUUGA